CUGUCAACUUAAACCAUAGAAUUACUUAACACAUGAAGCACACUGAAGAAUGUCGUUCAUAAUAAAUUAUGCUGGCUAACCUGUAGUGAAACGUGUUGAUGUGUAGGUCGUUUUUGGUUUAAAGUAGAAUGUUUGUUUACCGUUAUAGGUUAUCAAUAGCUACUUAUUUUUAGAAGAAUAAUUCAAGCACACUAAUUUCAUGUGGGCAAAGGAGUUAGUAUUUGACUUCGGUACUACCUUCAAAUUCUGAUCAGUACAUUCAAAUACAGUCCUGUACUGAAAAUGGAAACUCUCCAGAAAGUCAGUGAAGUAACAAAAACUGUUAAGAAUAAAUCAAGAGGAGGGUUGGAAGAUAAAAAAGAUAGAAAUAGUCAGCUGAAUUGGUGGUUAGUUUUUGGAGCAGUCUUACUGUUAACAGCAUGGAGCAGAUUCCAUAAAGUUUCGGAACCUGAUCAUGUUUGUUGGGAUGAAACACAUUUUGGCAAGAUGGGAAGUUGGUACAUCAAUCGAACAUUUUUCUUUGAUGUUCAUCCUCCUCUGGGCAAGAUGCUGAUUGCCUUGUCUGGUUACCUCACAGGUUAUGAUGGAAGGUUUGCUUUUGAGAAGCCUGGUGACAAAUAUGAAAGUGUAAAUUAUGUGGGCAUGAGAGUGUUUUGUACUUUUUUGGGAGCCUGCAUUGUACCAUUUGCUUUCAUUAUUGUGUGGGAGAUGACUCACUCUUUAACAGCAGCUACUUUCUCAGCAUCAUUCAUUCUGUGUGAUGUGGGUAUCCUCACACUGACACGAUACAUACUUCUAGAUCCCAUACUUCUGUUCUUUGUGAUGGGCUCUGUGUUGGGAAUGAUAAAGUUCCAUUCCUGCAAAGAGAGAGCAUUUUCAUUCAGUUGGUGGGCUUGGCUGGUGUUUACUGGAGUAAUGAUUACUUCAGCUAUCAGUGUCAAAUUUGUUGGUCUGUUUGUUGUUAUCCUGGUUGGUAUUCAUACCGCAGCUGAUUUGUGGGAUGUGUUGGGAGAUCUCUCCAAGCCAAUUAGCUACACUUUCAAACAUUUUUUGGCCAGGGCAGUGUGCCUAAUUUUCCUACCUGCUGUUUUGUACAUCAUCAUUUUCUACAUCCAUUUGCUUGUGCUUAGCAAAAGUGGUAAUGGAGAUGGUUUCUACAGUUCUGCUUUCCAGUCGCAGUUGGAAGGAAACUCUCUGUAUAAUGCCAGUAUGCCAAGAGAGGUAGCAUAUGGUGCAGUUAUAACACUGAAGAACCACCGUACAGGGGGAGGCUACUUGCACUCACACUGGCACCUGUACCCUGAAGGGGUGGGAGCAAGACAGCAACAGGUGACAACUUACACACACAAGGAUGAUAAUAAUCUGUUCCUAGUGAAGAAGUACAAUGCAGAGCUGGUAGAUGAUGAAGAUGUAGAAAUUGUGAAAAAUGGAGACCUUAUCAGACUAGAGCAUAUCAGUACUCGAAGAAACAUCCACUCCCACAGAGAGAUGGCACCCAUCUCUAAGAAACAUUAUCAGGUUACUGGGUAUGGAGAGAAUGGUACUGGAGAUGCAAAUGAUGUCUGGAAAGUUGUGAUUGUGGGUGGUAGAGAUGAGGAACCUGUAACUACAGUUUCUAGCAAACUAAAAUUCAUACACUACCUGCAGCACUGCGUUCUCACUUCAAGUGGAAAACAGCUUCCCAAAUGGGCAUAUGAACAACAGGAGGUGUCUUGCAAUUCCAACAUGAGAGACAAGAAUGCCCUAUGGAAUGUGGAAGAUAAUAUUUUUCCAAAAUUGCCCAAUGUGAGUUUCACAGUAUAUGCUCCCAGUUUCCUAGAGAGGUUCUUUGAGUCUCAUGCUGUUAUGUUCCAAGGCAAUGCAGGUCUUAAACCCAAGGAAGGAGAGGUGACAUCAAGACCUUGGCAGUGGCCUGUCAACUACCGGGGUCAAUUUUUCUCUGGCAAUAGUUACCGGAUAUAUCUCCUUGGGAAUCCAGUGAUCUGGUGGGGUAAUGUGGUGUUUUUAGCCACAUUUCUCAUAAUUUUUGCUUGCAACUCUGUAAGAGAACAGAGAGGUUAUCAUGAUCUUCCAUCAGUUAAAGAGAGCAAGCACAGAAUGUCUAGUGCUUGUGGCUGGCUCUUCCUGGGAUGGGCUUUACAUUAUGUUCCAUUUUGGGCAAUGGGCAGAGUUCUGUAUUUCCAUCAUUACUUCCCAGCUCUACUUUUCAGUUCCAUGUUAACAGGAAUAAUCUUGAACUACAUGCUCGAGAGCAUUCCUCAGUUUCUACCAGAGAGGCUUGCCAGCAGCACAUACCACUGGUUCAUAGGUGUUAUUUUCUCUGUAACUAUUUACAGCUUCUACCUCUUUUCACCACUGACAUAUGGAAUGUCAGGACCAUCAGCGUCUGAUCCCAACAGCACGAUGUAUGGCCUCAGAUGGAUGGAAUCAUGGGAGUUCUAAGUAUUUAAUUUGUAAAAUUCAGAACUAUUUUUUAAUUUAUAUUAAAAUUGGAAUAAUAUGUUAUUUCAUCCUGUUGCCUAUUUUGUGAACUGGUAAUGGGUUCUUGUGAAUAUAGUAAUGAAUCUUUGGGUUCCAUAAAAGUUGGUAAGGGAUUGCAUUCUCUCGUCCUCUCUCUCUCUACACACACUUUGUUUCAUUUUGUGUAAGAAGCCAAAAGGCAUACUUUUGUUGAACAUAAGUGUAUUAUAUACUAUGUCAUUGAUACCUUACUACAUUUCCUAUCAUCCAUGUUGUAUGUACAGUUAACUGUUUACAGACAACACCUGAAUAUAAUGGAACAAGUACAAACAAGAAAAUAAACUGUAUGAGUUUGUAUACUAAAUCAUAGGCAAGCUGCGGUUUGUAAGGUGAAAUUUGAAGGUCUGAUACAAUUAUACGUAUGAUUUACACAAGGAAACUCAUUAUGUAACUGUGAAUUUAAUUUGGACUAAAUCUGUAUAUGUGAUUGAUAGUCUGUGGACAUAAUAUAUUUUUA